AGAUUUUGACAACAACGGGGUCCUCCGCUUAGCGCCAGUUUGGAUUUUCUCCCUCGCAUUUGAAAGAAUAGCAACCAAGAUAUGCUUAGUUAAACGAAUAAACACUCAUAUUUGUACGUAUUUCUGAAUAACUGAUCUUAAAAUACAGGAACUAAGUGCGUUUGGAUUCGUUUGAAUAAUAUAGAAGACACACAAACUGAAUUUGGCCCAUCGAUGCUUGGCGGCCGUACUCGGGUGGACUCUGCUCUAUAAUGGAUUGUGUGAAUGAGAAUGUCUGCUAUUGGCGGGCCACCACCACAAGGCUCAUCCAAAGACAACCUAGAUAGGCUGCAGUUCACCUUUGACGUUAAUGAGUGAAGAUGAUCUGGGCAUUUUGACAGCCUUAAUGGCCGAGAAUGAGGGCCGUGGAGAGGAGCAACAGCAGCAGGCCGAUGACUUUGAUGACCUGUUUGACAAUGACGACGAGGAUCAGGAAGGACGAGAUGUGGAGCCCGAGGAUGAAUUGACCGAGCUUUUUGGAGAUGUAGAUGAUAUUAGAAAAGAAGAGCAAGUGGCUCAAGAAAAUAAAAGCGAAGCCAGUGAGAGUCUCAACAGGUCCCAAGAGGAGCUGCAAGAGGAGUUGAAAUUAAUGCAGGAGAAAAUGCAGGCAUUGCAGAAGCAGUUGGAGGCAAGCCAGAGUGCUUCCUGCUCCUCUCCCAAGGCGAGACCGUCAGAUAACUUACCCUCUCCGAAAUCGUCACUUCCCGCCCAGGGCGCCCACAACCGUAUCCCAGCGGUUGUGACACAGAAGACAAAUAGCCAGUCAGUGACUUCAACGGCCAGUGCGGUCAAAACAGGAAGUCAGAAGGUGCAGGAGUCCUCUGACUUUAUAUCCGAGCUGAGCACCGCUGACUCUUUGAAACGCAAACCCAGAGUAGCCCACCAAAGCAAACCCAGCACUCCACCACAAGACAGAGUACCAUUGGUGGAGAUUAAGAUGGGAAGCUCUUUCCUGCCCGUGGAAAGCACAAGCAAGGCGGCCACUCCUCACCGCCAGUCUGCAACCUUCCAGAGCAGACCCUGCUCGACUACGUCAUCGGAAUCGCUUAAGCUUGACUCGCUUCCUAAAGACGUGGCUAUGGAGAAAUAUUCUGGAUUGCGGCUCAGGAAGCCACGCGUUUCAUCCAGCGACAUGGACCGCAAGAUGGCUGACCGCCGCCUGAUCCGCCUGUCACAGGUGCCGGACCGCCUGCAACGCGAGAAGCUGGAGGACAGCGACUGGGUGACGUUUGGCGUGCUGGUCAGCAAAGCAACACCGCAGAGCAGCAGCAGCGGAAAAACCUUUAGCAUCUGGAAGUUGAAUGACCUCCACAACCUGGAUGUGUUCGUGUCCCUCUUCCUGUUCGGCGACGUCCACAAGGAGCAUUGGAAGACCGAAACGGGUACCGUUAUCGGAAUUCUCAACCCCAACCCCAUGAAACAAAGGGACGGCUAUGACGGGGUCAGUUUGACAGUGGACCACCCGCAGAAGGUGUUGCUGAUGGGUGAAGCACAAGAUUACGGCACGUGCAAAGCCAUGAAGAAAAACGGCGAUCCCUGCUCUCAGCUUGUCAACAUGUACGAAUGCCAGUACUGCCAAUAUCACGUCAAGGCCCAGUACAAGAAAAUGAGCUCCAAGCGGUCCGAGCUGCAGUCGUCGUUCUCCGGAAAGGCGCCCAACAAGGUGAAGGGCGUCAGCCUCAGGGAGCGCAUCUGUCAGGACGGCUUCCACUACGGCGGCGUCUCGUCGGCCGCCUGCGCUGCCUCGCUAUCCGCGUCCAAAGUGAAAAAAAAUGGACAGACAACUCUGGACAAGCUCUUUGUGAAAGGUUCCGCUCGUCACAUCCUUCAGGCGAAAAUGCUCGCUCUGAAGUCUGGAGAAGUUUCAAAUUGUUCCGAUGAGUUCAAAAGUUUGAUGUCAGUGCCGUCGCCGGGAGCCCUGCAGCUAAAGAAGCACCUGACACAGGGACGGGCAUCAGUCUCCACAGACCCACAAGCCGCUCCUUUUCAGUCCGUCUCCGCUUCAGACCUUCUAAAGCAGCAGAAACAGAAGCAGAGGGAGUUCCUGCUCAAUCGCCAACGAAGGGCGGUGGGAUCCCAGGCGGCGCAGGUGCCAAAAUCAACCACGCCCUCUUUACCGGCAUCCCCUAAAGCGGCUGUCGGCGUCCCCAAGACCGGCCAAAGUCCCGCCACGCCGCAAACCCCGACACUGGGCCGAGGCUUCUCAAAGGGCGAGGACGUCCUCUUCUUCGACGCCAGUCCGCUUCCCGCGCCGGCCGCCACCGCCGCUCAUAGCCUCUCGUCCGCCAAGCUGGCGGCUCUGAAAAAGUUGAGAGCGAAGGGGAUGGCUUUGGAGAAGGAAGACCCCAACGCUGUCAAGAGGAAGAGGACGAGCGAUAGCGAGAUCAGCGCCCGUGUGGAGAAGAGUCUCACCUCUCCUGACGCCGAGCGCGGGGGUGGCGACGCGGAGCCGGCUGAGAAGAAGAAGCGAGAUGAACUCCACUAUAUUCAGUCGGAGGAGUUUCAAAAGAUCCUCGCCGCCACAUCUCUGCACGGAGCCGUCCUGCAGGCGGCCGAGUAUCAGUUGCAGGAGCAAUACUUUGAUCCGCUGGUGAAGAAGGAGCAGAUGGAGGAGAAAAUGAAGGGCAUCCGCGAGAUGAAGUGUCGUGCCGUUUCCUGUCAAAAGUGUAACUACACCUACUUUAAACCGGCGGAUCGCUGCGUGGGUGAGAAUCACCCGUUGCGCUGGCACGACGCCGUCAAACGUUUCUUCAAGUGUCCGUGCGGGCAGAGAGCCAUUGCCCUCGACAGGCUGCCGCACAAGCACUGCAGCAACUGCGGUCUCUUUAAAUGGCAGCGCGAUGGAAUGCUGAAGGAGAAAACGGGACCAAAGAUCGGCGGGGAGCUUCUGAAGCCGCGAGGGGAAGAGCAUGCAAAGUUCCUCAACAGCUUAAAGUAGAACCCAGUUUACUCCUAUUAUGAUUUUUUUUUAAUUUUAAGAAUUUUAAUUCUGUUUUAGUAACUGAUCAUGGAGACCAACAUGACAUUUGGAGGAAAUUAAAGUGAUGAUUGACACAU